AUGGCAACCAUAGUCUGGGACAAUGACUUUGGUGUCUUUGCGGCUCCGUGCCGCCUUGACUGCAGCAUCUUCAAAGCUGAAGGUGGCCUCAUAGCCAUGGUCAAGCAUUUCUACAAGUGGCUGAACGCUCUCCGCGUGGAAGUUGAGGCAGGUUCAGUGGGCAGGACGGCAGCCUGCGGGAUUCCUGGAGACCGUGUGAUUCCUGUCAUGGAUCUGCUUGACACAUUUUUUCCUAUUAAUGGACGUGUUGAUAUCUCAUGCCACCUUGGAAACAACGCCCGCACACGAGACCCUGAUCCCGUGACCGUGCCAUGGGGUCCUAACAACCAGGACUUGAAGAUCAUCGAUGGGCCUGCAGCCCUUGGCUACAUAUUCAGCGUCGCAAUGCCUCCUAACGGCGCUACCUACGAAAACUACCUUGUGCCGCUGCAAGCAAUUUACAGUCGCUGCCUUUAUCUGGCGUAUAUUCGCAAGAUCGGGACCCCCCAGCCAGUCAAUAACGUUGGGGAUCCCCCUGUCAUGAGCUCUUGUAUCUACUUCCGUGACAUAGGCAAUCAAUUAUGGUUCCUCCUCGGCAGCACAUAUACUCUCUCAUAUGCUGUGGAUGGAGCCGAUACAGCCGAUCAUAAUGCCAAGAGACGCCUGAUGAAUGGCUGGAGACGAGAGCAGGUCCUUGACCCAGCUUUGCAAUCAUACGAACCUGAUCGCGACCUCCCCCCAGAUCCUCAUGUUCUGCCACCUGUUCUGGAACUAGCCGUUGCCGAGGCUAUCUGGAGGAGCCUCCUCAAUAUCCCUCUUGGAAAUAAUGAUGCUAUUCUCGAUCAUACAGACCUCCCACCUGCGGACCCCUGGGUCACUGUGCCCGAGGAUCGCGCAGAGACUCAGUUCGAGAUCAUUGAAAAAGCAGUGAACGCUGCGUGGAAGCUGGCCAACCCUCAAGAUCUUGAUCUUGUGCCCUUCCCCCGCAAUGAACUCUGGGACGCGGGACCGUUCAGUGCUGCCCUGCACGCGGCGCUGGUGAACGUUGUGCGGCGUCGGUGGCUGUUAGGCAAUGGCCGCGAUAAUGCUGCUAUACGGGAUGAAUACAGACAUGUGUUUGACAUCAUGUUUGUCCCAAGGAUGUUUCGGCCCGAUCCAUCUAAUAAACCAAAUAUAAUACUAGGGGAAAUCGACCCUGGACAACUGGUACCGACUUACAUGACCCUGAAAGACAACCUCUUCGAAGAACUCUAUGGGGACGUCAACACAAGCCCUGUUCUUCGCAUGUUGGAUAAUUUAUAUACCUGGGUUAACGAUGGAAAUGAUUACCUUGCAUUUGCAGGUCCAGCAAUUCAAAGGUAUGGCCGCUGUGCAGAGACAUACCCAAUUGCAGGCCGCGUUAUACACCAGGACGAGCUCUUCUAG